UUACUCAAUAUAAUUUCUUCUUAAUUGGCCAGCAAUAAUCUGAACAUGAACGUGAAUGUUGGUAGCGAGGGAACGUUGGACAAUGCGUCAGACGAUGACGUCAUUGAAGUUGUAAGGGAUGAAGCACCAAUUGAAAUAUUAUCUGACGAUGAAGAAAUGGAGCUUGACAGAUCUAGUAAUCUAGGUUCACUUGAUCAAACCUUCAAUUUUGCAGCGCCUCACACACCAGCUGAAAUUGACAAAGACCAUUUGAACGAUUUAGAAGACCCGCUCAAGAGUUGUUUCGGUGAAAUAGAAUCUAUCUUUUCAAUGUCCGAGCAAGAACACGCGAUCCCAGUGCCAAUUAUAACUAAUACUAUGUCUUUCGAGAAUAACACUAAAAUAGAUGAUAAAACAAACCACGACAGUAGCAACGAGAAUUGCUUCGUAAAUGUUACUGAUUUAGGUAAUAGUUCCGAAAAUGAUGCAGAACAGUUGAAACAAAAGGUACAAACAGAAAACGAGUCACAAGAAGACAAAGAUUCAAACAUUAAUCCUGUGAACGUUCCUAAUGACAAGAUAAUUGCUAUGGACAACGCGAUCAGCGACAUCAACUUAACACAAAAGUAAACAAUAUUUUUGGUUGAUUUUAAAUUAAUCAUAGAUUGUUGAAUGAAAGUUAAAUAUCAAUUACUUUUUAAUGAAGCUCACUUAUUUAAAGUGGAUGGCAGUAAUUUUUUUAUAGCACUAUGUGACUGAAUCUCACAAAUAAGUAGUGCUUAUUUGCGACUUGAAUAGUCCAUUUUUGCACGAUUUACAAGUUAUAGUCCAUAUUUUAGAGGGGUUUAUUCGUAGUGCGGUCCAGAUAAACGUAGUUUAACUCUCAUUUGCAUAAUAAGAAAUCAAUCUCAGUUAAAUUUUGUAGAUACGCACUAGGACCUAAUGUCUGUUUGUGGUUUCUAGAACGUGUAUACAAAAUUACAUCAAGUUUGGUAUGUAAAUAUUCAAAUGAGAACCAAACUAAUCUAUAAUAUGAAGCGAGUGACAAUUACGGAGGUUUAAGUCACAGUGAGCUAUAAAAUAGUACACGGUACUCGUGACUUAAGGUCACGCUGUACGCUCGACCGAAAUUUCUGGCGCACGUGGGUCACCCAACAUUGUGUGAGAUAGAGAUCUUCUCUGGUAUAAAAUGCGCCGGCCUUAGAUAUCUUACUUACCUAGUGUUGAGCGUAUAAUAUCAUAUUGUAGUGAUCACGUUCCUAUGUUAUCCUACGUUUGUCAAAAAAGUCAAAAAUCAAAAUCAUUUAUUCAAAAUAGGUACCAUUGUACACCUUUUGUUUGUCCGAUUUGUUAGAUUUGAAAGAUGAUAUUAGUGGUGAUAAUUAAUUACGUAAACUUAAAACUAAAGCUACGAUAAGCUUUGUAUGAAGAAAGCACCGGAAUGCGACACUUUAAGCAAAUCUAUGUUUAAUAUUGACUCUUUUGGACUAUAUGAGUCACACGAUAUCGUAAAGUAUUGAAAUAAUCAAAUAAUAUAAUAUUUUAACCAAAACCUAGUUGAGAUAGUAAAAGUUGCUUUUUAGAAAUUUAUAUUUUUUCACCACAAACUUGAAUGUGAAAGAGGUUGUUGUUGAUUUUAUUGCAGACUUGCCUAUGCCCGCAGUUCGCCCUCGUGGAUUUAGGUUUCUAAAAAUCCCAUGGGAACUUUUUAUUUCCCAGGACAAAAGUAGCCUCUCUGUAAUAGCCC